AUGCAAGUCGUCUUCCCCAUGGUCUCGAUCUUCCUGGUCUUCCUGCAGUGCAAACCCACCGCCGCUCUGUGGGACUACACAAUUACCCACGCAACGUGCUGGGACCAGGCCGUCAUCUACAACUUCUCCUGCUGGGUCAGCGCGUACACGACCAUGACCGAUAUCAUCCUUGCCCUUGUGCCAAUCACCGUCUUCUGGAAGCUGCAAAUGCGUCAGUCCACCAAGAUCGGGGUCUGUAUCCUGCUGGGUCUGACAUUGCUGUCGGCCAUCGUGAUUUUGGGGUCUAUAGCACUACAGUAUCGGAGCAUCGCCGAUCCCCGCACUCUGUUCUCUGACUCAACGCUCUCCCCACUUCAUUUCUCUUCCAACCUCCAACUUCGCCCUCAAAAUGGCCAACUCAACCUCAGACUCAGUAAAUGUCCUUCUCUACGGGCUUGGAGCGGAAUCUCGAUCGAUAGCAAGAACCACGGGAAGAACACAUUCCGUCCGGAUCGGGUAAUCCGCGCCCCCUCCGACGUUGCGGGGAGCCACUUUGACUACAUCGUUUGCACGCACAAAGCCUUUGAUCCACGCGGCGCCAUAAUACCACUCGACCCCGUCGUCGACGGAACAACUACGAUUGUCGUUCUGCAGAACGGGGUCGGCAAUGAGGAUCCAUUCCGUGAGAGGUGGCCCGGUGUCACAAUAAUUUCGGGGGUUGUCUGGGUCGGCGCCUCUCAGCCUGCUCCAGGAGUCGUUUACCACACCCAUUCCGAACACACGGAGCUCGGCCUCUUCCCCAACCGCUCGCUGAACGAUGCGUCGCUAGAAGAGUCCCGUCUGCAGACAUUCACAUCCGUCCUCAGCGCUGGUGGAACACAUUUCACCACCUUCGCCGACAUCCAGCCCCGGCGGUGGGAGAAGGUCAUCUGGAACGUCGCGUGGAAUGCCAUCACCGCGCUCACAGACCAGGAUGUAUCAUCCUGGCUGUCCUCUUCCCCGGAUGCAGUACCGUAUACAAGACAAUUGAUGAAUGAAGUUAUAGCCGUUGCGAAGGGAUGUAAUGUCGAGGUUAAAGACGGACUUGCCGAUCAGCUUAUUGAGCGUGCACAAAGGCUGGGUGCGCUCCGGACGAGCAUGCAGGCGGACCGCGAGGCCGGCAGGGAGAUGGAGAUCGAGGUAAUUUUGGGCGUGCCCGUGAAAAAGGGACGCGAGCUGGGUAUUGAUACGCCGCGUUUGGAAGGGCUCUAUGUGCUUCUGGUGGCUAUUAAUAGGCAGAUCAAGGAUAAAAGGGCGAACUAG